AGAAAGACGAAGAAAACAAUCGCGGCGAGAAGUGGUGAAAACAACCGUGGCAAAAUGGAGUAAUAAUUAUAAUAAUAAUAAAUUGAGUUGCAGGAGGCGGCCACGUCUCCAAAGCCAACAACGCGCCGAGGUUGGCGACGAUUGCUGAGAGGAUUACGGAUUCUUUAACACUCUCCGUCGUCGUUUCUUACAGAGCGAAAGCUUAAAAAAGGACGGAAGAGGAAGGGGAUUCGCAUUAAAAAUCCCUCCGCAUUUCCUAUUCGCACAUGGCCUUGCUCUUCGUCGGCCAUUUUUUUAGGUUCCGCUCUUUUUUUUUCCUCCUACUGAUUGUAAAAUCAAUUUUCGCCCACAUGUUGGCUUUCCUUAUUCUAUCUACCUUGAGAUCUCUCCCUUCGCCCUUCCAUAUCCACCCUGCAACUGCAAAGCGCGAGAACCACCGCAGACACAGAAAGCGGAGGUUUCUGUGGAUAAUCUAGGAGAAUCUUCUAUUAUGGGCUAGUUUAGAUCCAGCCUUCUCCAGAGUGAAGAGUUUCAGGUACUUAUAAAGUUAUCAUUGAUCUGAUUCCAGAAGUUCUGUGACUUUUGAGCUCUUAUUUUAAAGUGGAGAUCUUUUAUCUUCGGAGCCCUUCUUCCAUUGGCUUCAUAAAGAGGAGAAGAAGCUUAUUACUUUGGGAAUUGAUCACUUAAAAUUCGUUUACUCUUAUCACUUUCUUACCAUAUUGUUUUCUUCUCUUGAGCGUUUUUAAGACCUCAAUGUGCGCUUUAACGGAUGAGCGCAUUGUGAUAUUGGGUUCCGAGACCAUAGUGGCUGACAAUUUUUGAGUGGAAGCGGGCACAUGUGGAUCAGCGCCUUAAAGAUAUGACAACAAGAUUUUUUGCCCGUUCAAAGUUAUCAGCAAUAAUAGUUGAUGGUUGUGGUAUAAAAGCAAAGCUCAUUAAUUAGUCCAAGUUGUAUUGUUAAGGAGUCAGAGAUCAGUUGAGAUUGUAGUUGUUUCUGUUCUUUAAGAUCAUGGAAAAUGGAAUUCUUGAAGAAGCAGACAAUGAAGUCCUUCCUAUGUGGCCUGAUAAUCUUAUGAAUGCAUCUGAAAAGCAGUUCAACAUCGAAACCAGGGCAGAUCGAGAUAUGCUAGAAGAUGUCACAAUUGUGGACGAUUCUUCUGUUGCAGAUUUCAAGCGGCUCCUUGAGCUAACCAGCUAUAGCGAGAAGGGCUCUUCCCAGUUGGCGUACCUUGUUAAAAGUUGGGAGUACAAGCAAGCAAAUGCUGCGCGCCUUCUGAAUGAAGAGCUGAGUAUCCUGAGCAUACAGAGGAAGGAAACUGAGCUCAAGAAGCUAGAGAUCAUAGAAGCACACCGUUUUGAGCAAGAAAAACAUGCUGGAAAUAAACGACCUAUAUCCAUUCUUGAGGAAGUUUAUGACAUCUGGGGAGCUGCUCCUAGAAGGAUAAAUGAUGGUCAUGCAUUCAACAAAAUCAUUACCAUAGAUGCUGAGUAUAACACAGUAAAUUACUGGAAGCAACGCGCCAUUCAGCUGGAAAAGUUGCUCGAGGAAAGCAUCCAAAGGGAGCAGAUGCUCAUGCAGAAAUUGCAGGAUAAUCUUAAUAAUCUUCAGGCACAAUCAUCACCUGUAGAUGAAUUGUCUCAGAUUUUAAAAAGGGCUGAUAACUACCUGCACUUUAUUCUGCAAACUGCACCAGUUGUCAUUGGUCAUCAGGAUAAAGAAUUACGUUAUCGUUUCAUCUAUAACCAUUUCCCCAGGCUGGGAGAGGAGGACAUUAUAGGUAAAACUGAUACCGAGAUAUUUACCGGAUUGGGCGUCAAAGAAUCUCAGGAGUUCAAGAGAGAAGUCUUGGAACGAGGGUUGCCGGCUAAGCGGGAAAUAACCUUUGAGACUGAAUUGUUUGGAAAAAAAACAUUUUUAAUAUAUGUUGAACCAGUAUUCAGCAAGGCAGGAGAAACAAUAGGUGUCAAUUAUUUGGGAAUGGAUGUAACUGACCAGGUGAUUAAAAGGGAGAAAAUGGUAAAAAUUCGGGAGGAGAUAGCCGUCCAGAAGGCUAAAGAAAAAGAACUUAAUAAAACCAUUCAUAUUACAGAGGAAACUAUGCGGGCAAAACAAAUGCUUGCCACAAUGUCACAUGAGAUUAGGUCUCCACUGACUGGGGUUGUUAGCAUGGCAGAGAUACUUGCAAACACAAAAUUGGACAAAGAGCAGCGCCAGUUGCUGGAUGUCAUGAUCUCAUCUGGAGAUUUGGUUCUUCAGUUAAUCAAUGAUAUCCUAGACCUUUCAAAGGUUGAGUCAGGAGUCAUGAAGUUGGAGGCUGCAAAGUUCCGACCAAGAGAGGUGGUAAAACAUGUGCUCCAGACUGCUGCGGCAUCUCUGAGAAAGCAGUUGACAUUGGAAGGACAUGUUGCUGAUGAUGUACCAAUCGAGGUUAUUGGUGACGUCCUAAGGAUUCGGCAGAUCCUAACCAAUUUAAUUAGUAAUGCAGUGAAAUUUACACAUGAAGGAAAAGUGGGUGUAAACCUUAAGUUGCAAUCAGAAAAAUAUCUAAGUUGUUUAAAUGGUCAUGAUGAGAUCCGUCCUGCUGAGAAUUCUUCUUCAAGUUUAACAAAAGAAAACUCUCUGAAACCCAAAAGCUGUAGCAAUAAAGGCAUGUUACGAAGUCGCGAAGAUAAAGAAGAUAAUGGUUAUUGCAAAAUUGCAACGGAAACAUCUUUGGCAUCUGAGGAGAAACAGCAGCCAUGCGAAAAGAUCGUGUUACUUCACUGUGAUGUUUAUGACACUGGGAUAGGAAUACCAGAAAAGGCGUUGCCCUCACUUUUCAAGAAGUAUAUGCAAGUCAGUGCCGAUCAUGCACGAAAAUAUGGUGGAACAGGACUUGGCCUUGCGAUUUGCAAACAACUGGUGGAGCUGAUGGGUGGACGUCUUACAGUAACUAGCCAAGUAAAUUGUGGGUCAACAUUCACAUUUCUUUUACCUUGCAAGGUUCCUCAAAAGCAAGCUGGCUCAGAUGAUUCAGAUGGAGAAUCUUCCAUGUCUCAUUGUGAAGUUAAACAUGAUAUCAAUCUUGAUGUACUCAAUGGAUCAUUUCUAUUUAAAACAUGCUCUCUGAGUAAUGGUUUCUCCUUGUGUGGAUCCCCUGCUCGCAAAUCUAAUCUGCUGUGCAGUGGUACAGUGAGCACUUCGAUUGCAGGCAAUGGAUUAUCUGAAGAAUCAGGAUCAGAUUCUUAUAGAUGUAAUGAAGAAGCUGUGCCUGAAGUUUCUCAGGGUUCUAUACAGGUUAAUAGAAAUAAAUCAGAAAUCUUAAACAUAAAAGAGAAAGAACAUCAAGUUAAUACAGAUAGCUUUGAUGUCUCGAUCCGCAACAAUUCAUAUUCUGGCAUUGCAGAUAAGGUUGCAUAUCCCACAUGUUCACCAUUAGGAUCUAUAGUGGAAGACAAUUCAUAUCAAAUAUAUGAAUCAAAGAUACCAGGUCAACACCAUACGCUAGAGAAAGAACAGAAUGCUCAGAUCACAUCAAAUGGAAGGUCUGAUUUUCCUAAAACUGGCUCACAACCCAAGAUUCUUCUUGUAGAAGAUAACAAAAUCAAUAUAAUGGUUGCAAAGUCGAUGUUAAAACAGCUGGGUCACAAGAUAGAUGUUGUGCAUAAUGGAUUAGAAGCGAUUUAUGCGGUUCAACGUGCUUACUUUGAUCUUAUUCUAAUGGAUGUUUGCAUGCCAGUGAUGGAUGGUCUGCAAGCUACAAAACAUAUACGGUCUUUUGAAGAACAUGGAUACUGGGAUCCAAGUGUAACUUGUUCAGAUUCCCCAACAAUGCCUUCAGGCACAAAGAAGUGCAAGAAGAGAACAACGAUCAUUGCAAUGACAGCAAAUGCCAUGGCAGAGAGUGUAGCGGACUGCCUUCACAAUGGCAUGGACUCAUUUGUAUCAAAACCAGUGACUUUUGAAAAAUUGAAAGAGUGCCUCCAGCAAUUCUUCCCUUGUUAAAUAUUGUAUAUUUUAGAGCUAAAGGAAAUGAACUAGUGAAUGAAAAUUUUGUAAUUAUGUGUCUUUUUGGUUUUCUUUUUCAGAGUUCCUCUCGUGUUAUGUAAUUGCAUCUAUAAAUUCACUCUUCAACCAAUUAAAGACUGGGUGGUUAUAAAUUUUAUAUGUUUGGAUAAUGCAAAAUAAAUAUAUUGAGCUUUAUGUAUUCA